CUUCUGCUGUUCUUCUUUUCACAGGUUGGCAGCAAUGCUGGCAUAGUGGGCAUGACCAAGGAACACCUCGGUUUGGCGCUGGCAUUAAAUGUCCCAGUCUUUGUGGUGGUAACGAAGAUUGAUAUGUGUCCAGCAAAUAUAUUACAAGAAACUCUGAAACUGUUGCAGAGGCUACUUAAGUCACCCGGAUGUAGGAAGAUUCCAGUCUUGGUGCAAAACAAAGAUGAUGUCAUUGUAACAGCCUCCAACUUCAGCUCAGAAAGGAUGUGUCCGAUUUUUCAAAUCUCUAAUGUAACGGGGGAAAACUUGGAUCUGCUCAAAAUGUUCCUUAAUUUGCUGUCUCCGCGAUGCAGCUCAAGGGAAGAAGAACCUGCAGAGUUCCAGAUUGAUGAUACGUACUCAGUACCAGGUGUUGGCACAGUGGUUUCAGGAACAACAUUAAGAGGACUGAUUAAGCUAAAUGAUCUACUGCUAUUAGGACCUGACCCUCUUGGCAACUUUACUUCAAUUGCAGUGAAGUCCAUACAUCGCAAACGCAUGCCCGUCAAAGAAGUACGAGGAGGUCAGACAGCAUCCUUUGCUCUAAAGAAGAUUAAGCGAUCUUCUAUCAGAAAAGGCAUGGUGAUGGUUUCUCCACGCCUUAACCCUCAAGCAUCUUGGGAGUUUGAAGCUGAAAUCUUGGUGCUGCAUCACCCAACGACAAUCAGCCCACGAUACCAGGCAAUGGUGCAUUGUGGCAGUAUCCGUCAAACAGCCACCAUCCUGAGCAUGAGCCGUGACUGUUUGCGCACUGGAGAUAAAGCUACAGUUCACUUCAGAUUCAUCAAAACACCUGAGUACUUACACAUAGACCAGCGGCUGGUAUUCAGAGAGGGCCGAACCAAAGCUGUGGGCACAAUAACUAAGGUAUUUUGUAUGCAAAACAAGAUCUACCUGCAAAUGCGGACCGGUAAUGGCAAAGGUACCCUAAUCCCCCUGGGUGGGGACCACGAAGGGGCAAAGAUCAGAGGGUGUGAUUUUGAACUGAUGUGCCCCAGAUACCAAGUACAGUACUCGGUACAAGUACGGUCAAAGACUGGAGGAGGUGGAAGACGCCGCGGUGGACAGAGGCAUAAAGUAAAAUCUCAAGGGUCUUGUGUGGCCCCAGCAGGAGGUUGCUGAACUUGACCGAUCAAUUCAUGUGUUCUUUCAACAGCUUGAACAUGCCCUCACCACUGUUUACUGAAGAGAAGCAGCACACUCCCAGCUGUCCUGCAGUUUGUGUACAUCGGCUCCAUUAGAAUGCACUGCUUUACUAUUGAGCUGUGACUAUGGUGACCAAUGAUUUGUCAUUGUGGUUUUGUAUCCUGGCUCACA